CAAAGCCACUCCACAGAGAAAACCUACUGCUUCCUACAGCAGUCACACUGUGUCCGCACACUAUUGCUCUUCUGAGCGUGGAUGAGUAAGUGAAGAACAGGAUGGCAAACUCAGCACUGGAGAUUGUGGGUCUUUUAGUAUCCCUAAUCGGGCUGAUCGGGGCAGCAGCAACUACAGGAAUGCCUAUGUGGCGCGUCACAGCCUUCAUUGGAGACAAUAUCAUCGUGUUUGAGACUCUGUUUGAGGGCUUGUGGAUGAAUUGCUACCAACAGGCAAGCUUCAGGAUGCAGUGUAAAGUGUACGACUCUCUCCUGGCCCUGACUCCUGACCUGCAGGCGGCAAGGGGGCUUAUGUGCUGCUCUCUGGCACUGAGUGGUCUUGGUGUGCUGAUCAGUCUGAUAGGCAUGCAGUGCACAUCAUGCAUCCAAAACAAUGAUCGAGCUAAGCGGCUGGUUCUCAUCAUUGCUGGUAGCAUGAUCAUAUUGGGUUGCUUCUGUGUCCUCAUCCCCGUCUCCUGGACGGGUCACGUCAUCAUCACUAACUUCUACAACCCCUUGCUGAUCGAUGCCCAGCGGAGAGAGCUUGGAGCAGCUCUCUACAUUGGCUGGGUAACUUCGGCUUUCUUGUUUGCUGGAGGAUGCAUUUUUAUUUGCUGUAAUAUACAGUCGGAUGACAAAGAUUCAGAGCGAUACCUAUACUCCAAGGCCUCAGACUAUUCGGUCUACCCUCAACAGCCACUACAGCCUCUACAGCCUCAACAACUGAUGACGCUUCCCCAACCACGAUCUCAGCCAAUGCUAUCAAGAUACCCAUCGUCUGUCUACAGUUACCAGUCCAGAUACCCCUCUGUACACAGUGCACACAGUGGAGUCGCGUUUCUGUAAACACUUAUUUUUAUUUUUGUUUUUUUAAUUGAUCGGAAACUGCAUUUCAGGUUUAAGAGAAAAUGUGUGUGAACCAAUACACCAUUUCUACUGCA